GCAGCCUGUCUUUGUACAGAGACCACAAAAGCGUAGAGGUACGUAACAGCAGUCCGUCUGCUGUUAUUUCACCCUGACACCCCAAUGAACUGCCCGCAAAGAACGCACUGAUCCUGCCUGCAGCUUUUGCAUGGCAAAGGCAUUGAUCAGUGUGUAAAGAUCACAUUUUUAUGAGAUCUUUUUCUUUUGUUUGUUUCUUUUCCAUAGAGUUAUUUUUGUACAUUUUUACUUAAAAUCAUGGUGCUAGGAAAGGUGAAGAGUUUUACAGUAAGCUACGACUGUCUAAAUGACAGUAACGUUCCCGUUUACUCCAGCGGGGACUCCGUCUCAGGAAGAGUUAUCAUUGAGGUGACCGGAGAGAUUCGGGUCAAAUCUCUCUGCAUCCACGCGAAAGGAUUUGCAAAAGUUCGCUGGACUGAAUCGAGAAAUGCUGGGUCCAACACUGCCUACACUCAAAAUUACACGGAAGAAGUGGAAUAUUUAAACCACAAGAGCAUCCUUAUCGGGCAUGAAAGAGAUGAUGAUAAUUCUGAAGAAGGUCACACCACUAUUCAUUCAGGAAGACAUGAGUAUGCAUUUAGUUUCGAGCUUCCACAAACACCACUUGCUACCUCCUUUGAAGGCAAGCACGGCAGUGUCAGGUACUGGGUUAAAGCAGAACUGUACAGGCCGUGGCUUCCGCUGCCAAUGAAAAUAAAGAAGGAAUUUACUGUCUUUGAGCAUAUUGACAUCAACACUCCUUCACUGCUGUCGCCACAAGCAGGCACAAAAGAGAAGACUCUUUGUUGCUGGUUUUGCACCUCAGGUCCCAUAUCCUUAAGUGCCAAAAUUGAAAGGAAGGGCUACACCCCAGGUGAAUCAAUUCAAAUGUUUGCUGAAAUUGAGAACUGCUCUUCCCGCAUGGUAGUGCCAAAGGCAGCCAUUUACCAAACACAGACUUUCUAUGCCAAAGGGAAAAUGAAGGAAGUCAAGCAGUUGGUUGCCAAUCUGCGUGGGGAGUCGCUGUCUUCUGGCAAAACUGAAACCUGGAAUGGAAAAAUGUUGAAAAUCCCACCAGUGUCUCCUUCUAUUCUAGACUGCACCAUCAUCAGAGUGGAAUAUUCAUUAAUGGUGUAUGUGGAUAUUCCUGGUGCUAUGAACCUUUUCCUUAAUUUGCCCUUGGUUAUUGGUACAAUUCCUCUCCAUCCUUUUGGUAGUCGUACCUCCAGCGUUAGUAGUCAGUGCAGUAUGAAUAUGAAUUCAUGGUUGCACAUGGCCCUGCCUGACAGACCAGAAGCACCACCCAGCUAUGCAGAAGUAAUCACUGACGAGCAACGUCAGAGCACCGUGGCAUCAUCUACCGCCCGGGAUGACUUUGAUCGGGCAUUUGAAGGACCACUGUUUGCAUAUAUCCAAGAGUUUCGCUAUCAGCCCCCUCCUCUGUACUCUGAGAUCGAUCCAAAUCCUGAUCAGGUUAAUGAAAACGAAGAAGGGAGACCUGAUACCUGUCCUUCUCGCUGAAUAAAACGUGGAAGCUAUUUGGAAUUUACUUUAGGGCUUUAUACUUGGGCAUCGUUAUUCUGCAGAGAUGAUGUGUGAGAAGCAAUCCACCAUAGAGCAGAAGGAGUGUUGAACAUUUGCCUGCCUGGUGGAAGAUGAAUAAUAAAACCUGUGCUAACUCUAUUGAAGCCUAGAGAUGCAAGACUGUUCUGCCUGCCUAGAAAACAUGCUUUCUGUAAUCGUGGCACAUACAUGACUCUCUGCAGAGAGAGAAGACACUAUAGAAAAUAGCAGCCUAGUGUGGCGUUCAGCUUUGGGGACAGGAUCCAUCCUCCUGUUUCCUUUGAAAUUUUGCACAUUUUGCCCAGUGCUUGUGUUGUGUGGUUUCGUUUCAGAUCAAUAAGAUUGAGUUUCCUCAUUCAUGUUGGAUUAGAGACUGCUAGCUUUACUCCUUUUUGGACUUCUGAUCCAUAAAGUUAUGGAUUACACAAAAAGGAAACACACAACCGAUCUAAAAGAUGCACUGAUUUAUUUUUUUUUUUAUUUUUUAUUUUUAAAAAAGGAUGUGUAGCCGGGACUGAAUCUUCAUUGCACAUGUUCAGUAUUGUCUUCUCAGGCUGGUCAUGCACCUGUCUUCGGUAUAAAUCCAAUUGUGGCUUUAUUUUUUCAAACAUCAAAUGCCUUUAAGCCAACUUUGGUUUGUUUUAUGUAUGUUUCAAUUCCUUCACGUCACAAACACCUAUCCUGAUCAUAUUUUAUUUGGGGGUUAGGGAUGGCGAAUGUGAAGACUAUGUACAUCAGUUUGGAGGAUAUUUUCGUUUGUUUCUUACGCCUUUUUAAUGCGAUGCCUAGCCUAGAGACACAUAAUGUACACAGUGUCUCAAAUGGUCUCUUCACUUGCCAAACAGUUGGAAUGCUACUCUUUUCAUUUGCACUGCUUUUUGACUGGAUGGAGGAUAAGAGGCAUCAUGCUUAGGGAUAAGAUUUUAAAGAUGACCAGUAUUCCCUUUUUGUCCUCCAUGUUUCUGUUUUAUUCCACUGAAAACCAAGAAUACAUUAGGUGGUUAAUGAAUGACCAUUCUGUAAUGUAGUACGUAUCUUGGGAAGCACAGGCAUAGGAAAUUGACCCAGACUGUUAAACUUAAAAGCUAAUUAAAAAAGAAAAAAUAAAACAUCAAGAGUAUGGCUUGGGUGGGAUGUCCGCACGGUUUUUUCUACGGAGGUCAAGAUGUAUACUUCAGUAAAGUGUCAGUGUAGGAAAUGAGAGAGAAAACAGUUUAAAUGAAUGAAGUUUACAAAUUAAAACCAGCAUUGCCAGUCUUGUAGCCAGCACAUAUAUGCUUUCUGCUGUUCCCAGUGUCAAAGUGAUUUUAACAGAGUGGCCUUGUCAGUUAGGUACAGUAUAUAAUUUUUUUUUUACAUGUAGUAACCUAAAUGGGAAUUGUCCUGUGUCUACUGUUCCCUACAUGGACAAAAAGGGAAGGCAUGUGUCCUUUAAAAUAAGAAUAGGUGGUCGCUGAAGGAAUUCAA